AGUACUUGGCGGCGAAGAUGGGUUUCCUCAUAGGGGGCUCUUGCUUCGUCCCUUCUGUUCCUCUCCACUCUCGAUUCCUUCCGUCUCCUUCUUCUUCUCCUUCUCCGUCUCAGUUUGGGCUUCUCUGCUCGAGUAAUGUCGCCAAGUUCAAGCGCCGGCGAACGACAUUGGCUUCUUUAAACCAGGAAGAUGGGUACGAGUAUGACGCUGAUUCCCUCAAGAGGAGGGCUUUUCUUCUUGUGGGUAUCUCUGUUCUUCCGUUUUUGCAGCUUCGAUCGCCGGCUUUAGCUGAUGAAAGAGACAGUGAGAUAAGGACAUCAAAGCUUGAUCAAGAAACUGAGGUUGCAGUAUUAAGUGAAGGAACAUCCCCAAAUCCAUUUCUGUCUCUUCUAAAUGGUCUUGGAAUUUUUAGUGCUGGAGUUCUUGGUGCACUCUAUGCACUUGCUCGGCAAGAUACAAAAGCUGCUGAAGAAACCAUUGAAUCUCUGAAGAACCAGUUGAAAGACAGAGAAAGAGCAUUAGUGUUGAAGGAGAAAGAUUUUGAAGCAAAACUGCAGCAUGAGCAGGAAGAGCGGAAAAAGGAAGUAGAAAAGGCUAAAGAGGAGCAGUUGUCAUUGAUCAACCAGUUGAAUUCUGCAAAAGAUUUGGUGACAGAAUUAGGCCGGGAGCUAAGUAGCGAGAAGAAAUUAUGUGAGAAGCUUAGAGUUCAAAUCGAAAGUCUGCAAAAUAGUCUGUCAAAGGCUGGCGAAGACAAAAAGGCACUAGAAACAAAGCUCAGGGAAAAGCUUGAUUUGGUUGAAGGGCUACAAGAUCGGAUCAACUUGCUUAGUUUGGAGCUGAAAGAUAGUGAAGAAAAAGCUCAACGUAUUAAUGCAUUGCUGGCAGAAAAGGAAUCAGAAUUGAAGAAUCUCAACUCUGCUUACACUCAAAUUAGCCGAGAUCUUUCCAAAGCGAAUUUAGACAUCAAACAGCUGAACGAAGAACUCAAAACAAAUCAAAGUGAAUUGGACUUGAAGAAUUCUGCGAUUGAGGAGUUAAACACCAGAACAAGAACUUUAGAGGCUGAGAAAGAGAGUUAUAUCCAGAAGCUUGAUGGCGUUUCAAAAGAGUAUAGUGCUUUGAAAUUGACUUCUGAGACGCAAGCAGCUGCAGAUGCAGAGCUCAUCAGCAGGAAAGAGCAGGAGAUUCAGCAGCUACAUGAAAAUCUGGAUCGUGCGCUAGAUGAUGUAAAUAAAAAUAAAGACAAAGUUGCUGACUUAACUGAGAAGUACGAAGACUCGAAGAGAAGGCUGGAUAGAGAACUGACUAAUGUAAAAAAUUUGAGACAUGAACUUGAAGGAACAAAGAAAACUCUGCAGGCAUCUAGAGAUCGGGUCUCUGACCUGGAAACGAUGCUUGAUGAGUCAAGAGCUUUGUGUUCAAAGUUAGAAUCAGAGCUUGCUAUAGUUCACGCAGAAUGGAAUGAAGCUAAGGAAAGAUAUGAAAAGAACCUCGAUGCGGAAAAACAAAAAAAUGAGAUUUUGGCUAGCCAACUUGCAGUGGAGAAAGAUCUUCUGAAGAGAGUUAAAGACGAGCUUGAGGGAGUAACUCAUGAACUUAAAGAGUCUUCUGUCAAGAACCAGAGCCUCCAGAAGGAACUAGUGGAGAUUUACAAGAAAGUUGAAACCACUAACAAGGAAUUAGAAGAGGAGAAAAAGACGGUUUUGUCGUUGAACAAAGAGGUGAAAGGAAUGGAAAAGCAGAUCUUGAUGGACAGGGAGGCGAGAAAAUCUCUUGAAACAGACUUGGAAGAAGCAGUUAAGUCUUUAGAUGAGAUGAACAAGAACACAUCAAUACUGUCACGAGAGCUUGAGAAGGUGAAUACCCAUGCUUCGAGCUUGGAGGACGAGAAAGAAGUACUUCAACGAUCGCUAGGAGAGGCAAAGAAUGCAUCAAAAGAAGCUAAGGAAAAUGUGGAAGAUGCACAUAUCUUGGUGAUGAGUCUAGGAAAAGAGAGGGAAGUGCUAGAGAAGAAAGUGAAAAAGCUCGAGGAAGACUUGGGCUCUGCAAAGGGUGAGAUACUGCGCAUGAGAAGCCAACCAAGUUCAGUAAAAGCUGUGAAUAGUACAGACGACAAAGAGAAGAGCGACAACAAAGUUACUGUGAAGAAAGUUGUCAGGAGGAGAAAGAGCAGUACCAGUUCUUGAAGAGAUAAGGUUAUAGUGACCAACGCUUGCUUCUCUUAUCAUACAACUCUAAUCUCUUAUCUGUAGCCAAUAUUAAACCUUUGUGUAAAUUUUGACAAGAGGCAAAUGGUUCUAGAGUUUCAUCACUGAGAUCACUCCAACAGUGAUGCUAGAAAAUUCCUAUAGAGAAGAUCAAUGCUUUGCAUAGGCUUUUGAUCUUGGACUUGUGUAGCUUUUCCAUCAGUCCCCACAGGAUUCACCAGUGCAAGCUAUUUGAAAAAGAGAGUGACAAAACUUAAGAGUGUGUUUUUCUUUUUGAUAGGUAUAUAUUGAUCUUUGUUUUCAGUAAAAAUUCUAACCUGAA